AUGGCAAUUGUGUCGCCGAUAGAGGCGCUUCCAACUGAACUCCUAUGGAGCAUUGCGUUUGAUGCUCGAGUCCUGGCGCCGUGCGAGGUGCUGGCGCUCUCGUUGAGCUCGAGGCGGAUGUGGGCGCGGCUGUUGGGCGACGACGGCGGCAAGAUGCGGACCCGGGCGCUGAUGGGCGGUGCGUGGUGCACCGAGCGGCAGAUGUGGCGAGCGGCGCGGCAUGCAGUGGCGGCUUGCGGCGAUGCAAUUCCGCUGUAUGCGGGCUGGGAAGCUGGCGAGUGCGCGGCCGAGUAUGAGUUUGAGGAGAUUGAUCCGUGCUCGAACCUGAUAUGGCACGUGCUCGGAGAGAUGUUCUCGAUGCCUGGCCCAGGAUCGGCUGGCGAUGACCGGAACGAAUGGCUAGCGCUGAUGCGGGAGCUGGUCAAAGUGCCGGGCUUUGUGCGGGCGGAGAGCUCGCACUUUGACGAGGACUGCUCGAUGAUGUUCUGGCGGCAUCCGCUCGAUUACCUGGCGGCGCUAGGAGAUGUCGACGCCGUCGAGCUAGCUCUUGCGCAUUCCGAGACUGAUGUGCAUGCACACGACCAUUCCGCAGUCCGGAUUGCGUGCUUGUAUGGCCACGUUGACGUGGCUCACCGUCUCCUGGAGGCGGUGCCGACUGGGCCGUGUUUUGACGGCGGACGGGUGCUCGCCACAGUGGCGACGCAGGCGAGCUGCGAGCUUGCCGCCGCACUUCUACGCGCUGGUACAGCGAGUGCUUCUGAUCUUGCGACCGCGGUGGAGAUGGCGGCGAGUGGGGGGAAUGUCGCGGUGCUGGCGCUGUUGCUCGACCGCGACGAUGUGGCCAUCUCGGAUGAUGGUGGAAGUGCGCUGGCACGCGCAGCCCGUAAUGGCAUGCUUGCAGCUGUGCAAAUGCUCCUCGCCCACGCCCACGGCGCGCACAUCUCCGACCUAGCCCUCGGCGAGGCCGUCGCCUCCCGACGGACGGCUGUUGUCGCCGCGCUCCUCGCCGACGGUCGGAUCUCAGUCUCGCCAUCUAUGGCCAGCACUCUUGCGGAGGUCUCUCCAGACACGAUGCUCGCCUGAUCCAACCAUGAUGCCAAGGCAUCGUGGCGCAUUGAAGAGGAUAGAGAGCACUACGGCGCGAGCGAGCGGACGAGGAAC